GCUGCAUGCAUCACCUUUCUUUUUGCUUGCGCCUUUAAUCACUGUUCUCUUCUCGACGCCUCUUUUUCUCUCAGCGGAACCUACGACACGUUCUUCCAGUUCCAAGAAACAAUGCCGUCCGCGUCGAGAAGCAAGGAGUCGACAGACCAGCACGAAGUUGAGAUCUUAUCGGCGCCCAAGUCCGGCAGCUUCUUUCACAAUGUUGACGGAGGGCUAAGAGGUUGGUCGGCUGUCCUGGGAGCAUGGCUAUUCCAGUUCUCUAUGGUCGGCGCCAUCUCAGCAUUCGGGAGCUACCAGACCUUCUACGAGGACCAAUGGCUGAAAACCUAUUCGGAAUCGACCAUCUCAUGGAUUGGAAGCUUGCAACUCUUCCUGGAGUUCUUCUUGGGCGUCUUUGGCGGUCUGCUCCUUGAUGCCGGCCAAUGGCGCCUCACUGUCGGAGGCGGUUCCGUCCUUUUCAUCUUCACGUUUUUCAUGCUCAGUCUCUGCAAACCAGGACAAUACGCACCAAUCCUCUUAGCCCAGGGCAUUGGCAUGGGUGCCGGCCUCGGCUUCGCCUACCUCCCUGUGUCAGGUAUCGUGUCAAAACACUUCACCCGGCGCCGUUCCCUCGCGAUGGGCAUCAUCACGACCGGAACAUCGCUCGGAGGUUUCACGUUCUCGAUCCUGACCAGCAAACUCACGGCGAGUAGCCUCGGCUUUGCCUGGACGGUUCGCGUGAGCGCGUUCAUCGCUCUCGCAUGCAUCCUGUCUGCUAACCUGCUCGUAUCGCAACCCAAGACAACAGAGGCCGAGACGAAGGUGAAAGAAGAAGCCUCCAGUACUGAGGAUGUGACGGCUGCGGUCACGGAAAAGGAUCCAGCCGGUAUCAGCGCAGAAGAGGCCGCGGAGAAAGAGGACAAGCCACGGAGCAUUCCUGAGCUCCUUCGAGAUCCGGCAUACCUGGCUAUCAUCUCGAGUGGCUUCAUCGUCUGCCUCGGCCUGUACUUCCCGAUGUUCGCAAUCCAGUCCUUCGCCCUCGAACACGGCAUUUCUCCCGGCCUCGCAGCCUGGCUCCUCUCAAUCAUCAACCUCUCAAGCGUCUUCGGCCGGACAAUUCCGAAUUGGCUUGCUGACCACUACGGCACAUUGGAGCUCUACGUCCCCUGCACCGCUGCUGCCAGCGCCGUUGUCUUCGCUCUUGGUGCCGCCACCAACCCCGCCGGCAUCAUCAUCGUGAGCAUCCUCUACGGCUUCUUCUCCGGCUCAGUCGUAUCUCUCUACUUCCCCACCGUCUGCGCGCUUGACCCGCACGUCGGUUCCACUGGCGCCCGCCUUGGCAUCGCGUGCCUGCCAGUCGGACUCGCCUCGCUGGUCGGCACGCCGAUUGCGGAGGCACUGAUCGGGAGUAAUAACCACUGGUGGCAUGGACUGGUGUUUGCGGGGACGGCGGAAAUGGUUUCGGCGGCGCUGUUGACGUUUGCGUGGGUAGUGGAGAAGAAGCGUAAGGUUGCGUUGCGAAAAUAGGCUGGGUUAAUGUGGCGUGAGAUUGUGGCUAUGUCGUGUUCAAGGGUGCGGUCUUGGGUUUAGAGGGAGGACUUGCGACGCUAAUUGCUUGGUUUUCGAGAUCGUAGAUUCUCUGCUCAUGAUUAACGUUUAGUCAAUACAUAAUAGCUUCCUAAA